UCUCUUGUCUCUUCCUCUAUCCUCAUCCAUCUCCUCUCACUAACCAUUUCUAUCACGACACCGUUCUCCAAUAAUAUCCCGCCACGUGUCACCUUCCCAUAACUUCAAAAGUAACAACAACACUAACAAGUAACAACAGCACCAAACUCACCACAGAAACUACAACAAUCAUCUCCAUGGGCACCGAAACAGAAACCCAAACCGGGUUCAAACUCGUUGGCUACAAAAACUUCGUCCGAACUAACCCAAAAUCAGACCGGUUCAAAGUGAACCGCUUCCACCACGUCGAGUUCUGGUGCACCGACGCAACCAACACCUCCCGUCGUUUUUCAUGGGGACUCGGAAUGCCUAUCGUCGCUAAAUCCGACCUCUCCACCGGAAACUCAGUUCAUGCCUCCUACCUCCUCCGCUCCGGCAACCUCAAUUUCCUCUUCACCGCCGCAUACUCCCCGUCCAUCUCACUCUCCUCUCCCUCAACCGCUUCCAUUCCCACCUUCAACGCCGCCGCGAGUUUCGCCUUCGCCGCUUCCCACGGCCUCGGCGUCCGCGCCGUUGCUGUAGAAGUCGAAGACGCUGAACUCGCCUUCAACACAAGCGUUGCUCACGGUGCUACUCCGGCGUCUCCUCCCGUCGUCCUCGACAACCGCGUGAAACUCGCUGAAGUCCGUCUCUACGGCGACGUCGUUUUGCGCUAUAUCAGUUACAACAACCCGAACCAAACCUCCGAACCUAAUCCAGACCAGUGGUUCCUCCCUCGCUUCGAACCGGUAUCAGAUGAAUCCUCUCACUCGUCGCUGGACUUCGGAAUCCGACGACUCGACCAUGCCGUCGGUAACGUGCCGGAGCUUUCCUCCGCUAUCAAAUACCUAAAAGAAUUCACUGGUUUUCACGAAUUCGCGGAGUUUACAGCCGAAGACGUGGGAACAGCCGAGAGCGGGUUGAACUCGGCCGUGCUGGCGAACAACGAGGAAACCGUGUUGCUUCCGAUCAAUGAACCUGUUUAUGGAACGAAGAGGAAGAGUCAGAUAGAGACUUAUCUGGAGCAUAAUGAAGGUGCUGGUUUACAGCAUUUGGCUUUGACAUCUGAGGAUAUAUUCAAGACUUUGAGAGAAAUGAGGAAGAGGAGUGGUGUUGGUGGAUUUGAGUUUAUGCCUUCUCCUCCGCCGACUUAUUAUCGGAAUCUGAAAAAUCGCGUUGGAGAUGUUUUGAAUGAUGAACAGAUUAAAGAGUGUGAGGAGCUUGGGAUUUUGGUUGAUAAAGAUGAUCAGGGUACUCUGCUUCAGAUUUUCACUAAGCCUGUUGGAGAUAGGCCAACCAUAUUCAUAGAGAUAAUUCAGAGGGUUGGAUGCAUGCUGAAGGAUGAGGAAGGGAAGGAAUACCAAAAGGGAGGGUGUGGUGGCUUUGGCAAAGGCAACUUUUCAGAGCUUUUCAAAUCCAUUGAAGAAUAUGAGAAGACUUUGGAAAGUAGAAGAACUGCAUAAUUCUUGUUGUGAUGAUCUUGGAUGAUGGAAGUUUGAAGCUUUUGUUGGAACAAGAUUGUUCUUAUACUUAUACAAAUAAAAGUCAAUCAAUACAUAUAAACAGAUAGAUAAUAAAUGUUUUAUAUGUUACUAUUUUGUUAGAAAACAUACUUCAAUACAAUAAAUAUGAUGUCUCUUUUAUUAUA